AUGGAGCGUCUGAAGUUAGUCCUGCAGUACUUUCAGUCCAACUCUGAGUCCAUCUCCAAUGGGAUCUGUAUCAUCCUGGCCUUGGUCAGUGUCAAGCUCUACACCAGUUUUGACUUUAACUGCCCCUGCCUUCCUCAGUAUAACAAACUGUACUCUUUGGGAGUGAUGAUUGUCCCGCCAAUCAUAUUGUUCUUCCUGGGGGUCCUGGUCAACCGACAUGCGGGUGUCAUGAUGGACGAGUGGAUGAGACCCAGUGGAAACAGAUCCAAAAAUCCUGCUGUGGUUAAGUACCUGUUCUCCUCCAUGAUCCAGAGGGCCCUGCUGGCGCCGAUGGUAUGGAUCCUGGUCACUUUGCUGGAUGGAAAGAUCUUCAUUUGUGCCUUCAGUGUUAGUGUAGACCCUGUACUCUUCUCAGGUUUGCCCAACAAUACAGGUCUGGAUAUGAUCAAAAUCAUGGCCAAAGUGCCUUGCAAGGAGGACAUUAUCUUUAGAAACAGCUCUUACCGCAAAGCAGUCUCUCGUUACGUUCGCUGCUAUUCACAAGCAGUUGGCUGGUCCAUCCUCCUCUUCCUGAUUGUACUUGGAGCACUGGGACGCCUCAUCAAGCCCUGUUUUGACGAUCAUGCCACCUCCCUGCAGACACGCUACUGGAGCAACUACCUCGAUGUGGAGCAAAAGCUCUUUGAUGAAACCUGUGUCCUGCACGCUCGCGACUUUGCCCGCAAAUGUGUGGUGCAGUUCUUUGAGGACAUGAGAGAGGACACCGUACUUAGUCUUCCCCACCCGCUUUUUAUCACAAACUCUCAGAUGGAGUGGGAGGAUGAAGAAGAGGAGAGACUUCAUGGGAUAUCAAAGCAGGAACAGGUGGACCAGUUGCUCAACAAGUGGUACUACAAUAAACCUGAAUUGGACGUCACCAGGAUAGCCCACAGACCCAGGAUGUGUGUUACCUGGAAGGACCGUGAUGGGAAGACUUUAUACUCUGAUGUCUAG